ACAUUAAACAUGGAAACAAAAAAAUCACAUGUUUGGACAUGCGAAGAUGACUUAAAACAUACUUCGUAGGUUCUGAUUUUUUCGAAUCUCAUUCUCUCCAAAAAAACUGAACUUCUACUUUCUAUGGCGACCAAACCUUCUUUGCCUGAAAAUGCGUCGCUGGAAAUAUCUAACGAAUUGGACCCAAAACACGUUUCCGAGACACUAAUGUUUCUUCAGCUUUUGGGUGCUCGAAAUCCCAUUCCUGAAAACUGCAAAGCCGAAGGCUUCUUCGAUUCUUUCCUUCGUAGUUUCAUCACAGUCGAUCAAAUCCAACGUGGCAGAAUCUCUUGCUCUGUUAUCGUUAAACCACCUCUCUGUAAUGGCUAUGGAACACUGCAUGGAGGGGCUGUUGGGUCCUUGGUUGAGGUUCUAGCAACUGCUUGUGCUAGAACUGUAGUUCCUGAGGACAAGGAACUUUUUCUUGGGGAAGUUAGCAUUUCUUACCUCUCGGGCUCUCCAGUGAAUGAAGAAGUGGUAGCUAAUGCAUCUGUGGUGAAGAGUGGAAGAAGUUUGACAUCUGUUGCAGUUGAGUUUAAAUUGAAGAAAACUGGGAAUUUGCUUUAUCUUACUCAUGCUUCCUUCUUUAACAUGCCAGUUUCCAGCUUAUGAUCAUUUAGCUUUUUGCUGGUUCUGCAGUUCCAUUUUAUGCAUGUGAUAACAACAAAAUACUUUAAAUUAAUUGGGCCAAUACCAAUUCUCUUCAUAAUAAAAAUACAUGUAUAGUGUUCUAGUGUUUAUCUCCUCUUUAAGCCCUUUGUCAUAUCCCUUGUGAUUGUUGAAUAUAAAGAGUAUUGAGAGACAUAUCGAAUAACCCGUGUGUUUCAACUACA